CAUGAGGCAGAAGGAUCUGUUAGGGCGACCGCAGUGUCAUCUCGUCAUCCAUCGAAAGUGAAACUCGUUACGGAGCAGGACGGGAACUGAUUCCUUGCGCCUUUUUUUUUGUAGUAACCACGUUACACCGGGAUGUGAUGUGCUCUGAUUUCGUAACUUCAUUCAACUCUCAUCGCGUGCCACCACUACUGCCAACCUCAUUCUCUCUCGCUCUCUCUCUGCAUCACUCCUUCUCGGUUGCACUGAUUGAGGUUGAACACUAGCUCCAGCUACUGCUGCUGGACAUCAACAACCACGCGACACCUCGUCAUCCCUCCUUCCACACUUGCAUGUGGAGCGUUCAGCAGAGCUCAUCGAAGACGGCUGCGACCAAGACGACGACGACUUCAACAGAUCGGAAAGAAGCGACAAUCCAAAGAAGCGGCCAAAAAUUUUAAUGGGUACUUACCUCGCGUGCCAUCGACGACAACCGUCAGUCGUGUAUUGAUUUUCUCGCCGUGCAGACGUGUGUACGACGACGCUCUCCCGGUACGACGGUUGCAGCGUUUUCCGUGAUUGUCAAAACAGUGAAAGUAGUGAUCGAAGCAGGCGGCACCUGAAACCACACAAUCGAAGCAUAGGCGACAUCUAACGCAACGCAACGCAAAAUCAUAACUCGUAUUUGAACAAAGCAACCAAUAAAAAAACAAAGGCACGGCCCAAAGUUCCUCCCGCGAAAACACGAAACGGAAAAUUUAGGAGCAGUCUUGAUCUGAUCCAUUCCGUAUCGGUUCGUAGAAGCAGUAGUAGUCCUCCUUGGAACGCUCCUCGCCAAAUCCGUUGAAUACGUGUGAUAAGUUUUAAGUGCAAAUACCCCUGAAGUGAAACCCACCGCGAUUAUUAUGGAUUAAAGAACAAAAGUGCAGCAACACGCUAAAUGACAGAAGACCACCACAGGACUGACGUUAAGUGAAGUGAUAUCGUAAGCAGAAGUGAGUGCACGUGGGAAGAAUUGGAGAUUGGUGUGAGACCACACCACCUAUCUUCCAGUCUACCUAGAAUCAGAUUGUUAGCGACGCGACGAGCGCUCGCGGAAACGCGACAAUUGAGAAGCUGAUUUUCCACGGCGGUCCAUCCAGGCAGGCGAUGGCCCUGUCGCUGCUGCAGGAAGCGCAAACAGCUCAAGGAUUAGCCGCCGUCCGCAAUAGCCUUCAGGGAAUGAAACGUGAAGAGGAGCGUAGCAUGUCCGUGUCGCCACCGUUGACCGGUCAGCACCAUCCACAGCACCACCUGAACAUGAACGUGAAUCACAGCCCUACCAUCUUUGGCGGCUACCCUCCUUCAUCUCCUUCCCUGGGAAUGUUGGCACCGCAGCUCCUGGCAAACCAAACGGCCGCGGCGCUGAUGGCCGCUGGACUGCCCAUGUCGUUGCGAGCUCACCUAGCCUCCGGAUUGUUCCCUCCACAUCCGGCACUCUUCGGAGCUUGGGCACCUCCCACCCCUAACAGCAACAACAGCAGUCCACCUCCGCCACAAAGCCCCAUCUCGCCGGCCUUAAGCCACAAGAGCUCCAAAUCUCUCAAGCUAACCAACAACAACAACCACAUCGUAUCGACGACCUCGGAGAUUCUACCUCAACAGAAAAAGCUCGCCAAACGAAAACAGCUCUCCGUCAAGCCGGACGCCGCACUGCUCCAGUCUCCAGGUCACACCAUGCCCGUAGACAUCCCGGACAUGGUCAGUCCAGGCCCUAUCUCACCACCUACCUCAGGCUCCUCGCCACAAUCCAACGGAAGCGUCGACCUUCCGCAAACCAUUACUACCUCCACUCGGGAUCCAACGCGGGACAAGGUCUUCACCUGCAAGAUCUGCAACCGCUCGUUCGGCUACAAGCAUGUCCUCCAGAACCACGAACGAACUCACACCGGUGAAAAGCCCUUCGAAUGCCCGGAAUGCCACAAGCGAUUCACCCGGGAUCACCACCUCAAGACCCACAUGCGACUUCACACCGGUGAAAAGCCCUACUCUUGCACCCACUGCGAUCGACAGUUCGUCCAGGUCGCCAACCUGCGGCGGCACCUCCGAGUGCACACCGGCGAAAAACCCUACGAAUGCGAGAUGUGCCAGCAAAAGUUCAGCGACUCUAACCAGCUGAAAGCCCACAUGCUCAGCCAUAACGGCGAGCGACCGUUCCACUGUGAUAAAUGCAACGCCAGCUACCGACGCAAACACCAUUGGUACCAUCACAAGUGCAACGUCACUACAAGCCCACCAACGCCCGCCAUCAGCCCCACCAUGUCCCACUGUGACCAAAAAUCCCGUUGCUCGGAAGCCUCCGACCUCUCCAUGGAACUUAAGCCCUCAGUACUCCUCCACCAGAAGUUCUCCGGCAUCGGCCUCUCCCUAGACUUCAGUUCCGCCGAAAACCGCCACAGUCGUCCCAUCGGUGGAGCCAUCGACCUCCGCUCCAUACGAUCCAACCCUGUUCAAAUCACCCACAUCAAGUCCAACCUUCCGGAACAAACCGAACCGGAAGAUCUCAGCAUGCAUUCGCCCCGCUCGCCCGUCACCAUGGAAGAACUCGAAGAGCUGGACGACGCCGCCUCACUGUACCUGAAACAACGCCAACACAAGUUCGCCCUGGCCGCGGCCGCUGCCGCUGCCGUCGCCAGCCAACGUCACGGUAUGGAAUCCUAAAUCUCAAACCCUUCCCAAAAAAAACCCACCCCUAGAAUCCCACCCCUAACUGAAAGAAAAAUCAAAUUUGUUGUUGACAACCGAUACCAAAUAAUCAAAGCAUGCCAAGAAAAAGACGAAAACUAUUUCUCGACAAAAAAUUACAAAGUAGCGCUUAGUCGUAAGAGAACAGAGAGCCAUCUAACCUAUAUAAAAAAAUAUAAAACUAUUUAAACCAAUAAAUCCGCGGAGCGGAUCCGCCCGCCGCCAUCUUGUUUCGAAUCCCACAGCUGUUAAAACGCGCCGGUGUAAAUACGAAAACAAAAACCCUCUAAUGUAAAUACAAUCAACGCCGAAACAAGAUGGCGUCUACCCAAAAAAACGCAAACCAAACGGGUUCCAAUGCAUCCAAAAAAAAUCAGGGAAAAAACGGUUGUUGAUCGCGGAACCAAAUCAAUAACACUUCAGUUCAGUUUACUUUUUCCUCGGUUUUUUUUUCCAGCGAGUACGCGUAGUAAUGGUAUACAAGUUCCUCCUCCCAAAUAGUGACGAAAAAACACGACGGCAAAGCACUAAGCUGACAAUUACUAAUCGAUGUGUUAAUUGAGGUUUCCCUCCCGAACACAAUCCAAAAAUCAACAAAAUGGAGUUUACUUUCGAAGCUAGAGGGCAGUGCGCGCGGUUGGGCAGUUCGGAUUCCACGUUAUUUAUCUCAGUAGUGCAAACAGAAAGAAAAAAACGUUCGUAAACAGAACAUUGCGAUGCUUGUCAUGACAUGAAAAACCACGCUGUUUUUCGCCGAUUUGCGCGGUCGAUUAUCUAAUCAUUAUUAUUAGUGCUAUUUCUUUUUGACUGUCUGUGUACAUGUAAUGCUAGUAAUUCAAAAUUCAACGGUUGCCAUUGGUUUAGUCGAUUAGGUUUUUUUUUCUUUUGUAAGAUGGAAUGGAAGCGAACAAUCAAAAUUCGAUGUUUAAGGUUUUAGGUUCACAUUUUUUAUAUUAUUAUUAAUAUUAUUAUUAUUGCAUUAUAAGUUUUUAAGCAAAGUGCGUGCGGUUUCUCGUCCAGAGUAUAAAUUGUGAAUAUUGGUAUUUUAUGAUAUUUGUGUUUAGGUGAAUGACGGAAAAAAGUUAUUGAAAAUAAAAUAUUUAAAUUUAUUAUCAAAGUGAAAUUGUUGA